UGUCUGAAAAAAUUAUUGCGAUAAACGAUAAUAUUGUUUGAAGACCAUUUUAAACUGAUGCGAUGGUAAUGACAUAAUAAUGCAAGCAACAUUCUGGCAAAAAUAAAUACACUUUAUUACAAAAAAAUCACACAGCACUGGAACUGAUAAAUAAAAUAAAAGCAAAACUAAAAUGGACUCUGAAUCUCUAUUAAAAAAAAUGCAGAUGAAUCAAAACUAAACAACAAAAACUACAUUCAACCAAAAGAGUGCAGAUUAUGAAAUCUCUCAAUAAUCAAUAGAUUUAGAUAAAGAUAAGCACAUCCUGAUGCAAUAGUUCAGUCCUCCCUCACACCAGAGGGAGGUGAGCCUUUUGUCAUCACUGGAUGACACCAUGAAUUAAAAUGAAGUCAGUCAUUUUCCUUUAUCGUGCUAAUUUGUUUAUUGUUUAUCGCGACGGGCCUGUUUUCGUCCGACAUAAAAAGUUGCUGAGUUUUCACACUGGACAAUUUCUCUUGUUGACUUUCAGUUGGUUUGCGUCACACCAGACGUUUCGCCCGUUCGAUGCCGCGGUUCGAUCUGGACUCGGGACGCAGAGGCAGCGCCAAGCGAGACGACCCUCGGAGCGUUAGCAUAGUUGUAGUGAAAACUAGAGCAGAAAUACUUGGUAAGAUUUUGUGUUUUUUCAGCGUUUUGAUUUUAUUGGGCAUAUUCAUAAAAGAAAGGGGUUGAUUCUGUUUUCUUUCUCUAAGGAUUGUAAAAAAAACAACAUGUCUGUACAUUCACAUGAAGGAAAUACAAGAUUAUGUCCAUUGAAGCACUUGACCUUUAACCUUUAUCUGAAUUCUAUUCAGUUCAAAACAAAAGGUGUCAAAGUGUAUGUUAAUUGUUGAUGCCUUUACAGACUGAAAAUAGCGGGACUUCCUGUUCUUGAUGCUUUUUUUGGGGGGGGUCACUGAGCUCAUUAAUGAAAAAUCGGGCCGAUUUCAAACUCUAGCAGUUUAAUCGGUGCACAUGAUGCAUAUAUUUUUGUCCCUUUUGACUUGUUUGUCAGACAAACCCUCCACAUCUAUUAAGAGAUGAAACUGAAGACCUUUAACAUCCUCCAGAAGGUGGCGCUAGAAGCUGAUCUAGUUUUUUCCAUUCAGAAUCUUUUUUUUUUUUUUUUGCCUUGUAAAUCAGCCAAAAUGUAAUUUUCAUUUCUUAAACCCACGUUGGAAAACAGAUUUUAAAAAACAAAGUACUGAACAAAUUUUUUUUAAAAAAGGUGUCAAUUUGAAGUAUUUUGUUUCUAAUAAUUUAGCGUUCAUUUUGGGAUGAAGUUUUUUGGUUUUAUGCAUUUUGGUUGUUUCUUGUCCAUGACUCCAUGUUCUGUUGUUGCCUCAGUGCCAAAGCUUUGAAUGUACUUUAUUUUAUUGACUCUGUUAAUUGCAUUCCUCCAAUAAAAACCACAUCUCACUUUCCUGUUGUGCCCUGGAGGAAUUCCUCUUUGUAUCUAUUAAUGGUUUGUUUUGUCUUUUAAUGUCAGGCGUGUAGCUCUCAUUGUUUUUCUUUUUUAUUAUUAUUCUUUAUUUUUAACGUUGUUUUUUGGGCUCAAUUGAUGAUGUCACCAACAUUCAUGUGUGUGUUUUUGGGGUACUUGUGUGUUGUACGUGAUUAUUACUCAUAUUGAAAACUUUUUAAAUCUGAGAGUUAAUUUAGGCUUUGAGGUGGAUUUUUGAGAUUAAUAAUUUGUGAGAAAAUGAAUUAAAAUAAAAUGUUCAUCUGCCCAUUUCAUUUUCUGCAGUUUUUUUAAUUUUCUUUUAUAUAAACAUUUGAGUAGCCACACCCUCAAUUCCUGUGACGUCAUUAAUGAACGCUGCACCUGAGUCACCGACAAAGAUUGUGUUAGGACAGAUCAAUCACUACAAACUGAAAAACCAUAUAUAUAUUCCGCAGUCUUCAUGUCUUUCUUACUUGUCCCUCCUUUUUAUCUUUUCUGGUUUCAUUUCAUUUCAACAUUUUGUAUUUCCUUACUUUUCCACUUUUCAUUUUUCCUGAUCUCUCUUUGUGCCUCCUCAGUCUGAUGGUCUCAAACCAGAUUAUAGUGUGGAAAUGUCCACUGCAGGUCAUAUAUUUAGAAAUUAAUGGAAAACUAGAAUUAAAGAAUUGGUGGGUUUAAACUGCAACAUUAUUGUUUUGUAAAACAACUUAACAUUUUAUAUUUUAUUGUUUUAGAUUAGAGAUCGGCAACCUUUUCACAUGGGUUAAAUUAAUAGAGAACAAGCUAACAUUUUAAAAAUAAACAACAAAUGCAGAUUCUAGCUGAUUUUGUCAGGAAAUAAAUGCACAAUCGUGCAGUUCACACUACACGAUUGUCGGGCCCGAUUUUGCCCUUACGACAAUCUUAAAACGUUCUGAGUUCUAAGAUUGUCGCUUCCGGUAACCGAUCAUCCUGUAGUGUGUGGUGUGUUACGACUGAUCGGGUCCAGUCGGUGGAACGUGUUUAACCAUCUUGGCUCAUUCCUCGCAAUGCUUGUGGGAACACUGCGGGGUAAAUGCGGAAACGUCAGAUAAAGUCGACAGUGACGUUGGACGUUUUUGGGAACCGGGAUCUUCGGCGGUGUGAUCCCUCUCCUGCAACAAACAAUCUUUGAGGAAAAAACAGCUUCCUUCCACCUGACAGGUAACUUGUGGUUUAAACGUUGGAUUUACUAAACCACAGAACUUUCAACAAAAUCCGAAAGUUGACGAAGUUUCGGCGAUGCGGAUCGACUAAACCCGGGGAAAUUUCCAGGAUUGCUGUCUGAAAUGGCUUCCAUGAGCAAAAGGAGUUGCUACAAACACUGAGGAUCUUUAUAAUUCAGCUGGAUAUCGGCCAGAAAUCCAUAAAUAUAUCAAAAUAGACAGUUUCAGAAUGGCUGGUCAGGAUGUGUUGGUCGUGGAUUUAAAUGAUGUGGCGGUUUUUCCACCUGAAGGCUCAAAUGCAAAACCUAAAAUAGCAGAAGGUGAAAAACAAGAAGACAGUGACACCAGCGCAGACGAGCUGAACGAGAGCACAGACGAGGAAGAAGAGGAAGAAGAAGAAAUGGCAAGAUCUGCUCAUUUUGAGCCAGCCACUUUACCCUGGGGUGGAGACAAACACAGGAGGCUGCUGCUGGAGCAGGACGAUGAUGUCUUAGGGCCUGAGGAGAAGGACUCUGGGUUGAGUCAGGACCUGUCAGAGGAGCGAAGCCAAGCGGACGAAGAGGUGAGGAGCAAAGCGAAGUGGAGGGAGAGCAUGCCUGAGGGUGAGCGGUGGAGGGACGACGAGAUCGAGCUGCAGAGGAACGACAAGGGAGACGGCUCCCUGGCCGAUGAUGAGGAUGAGGAGGACGAGGGGUGGAUGUCUGAGAAACCUUCUACGGGUUUCACUCCACAUGUCACGAUCGUGUGUCCCACCACCAAGGAGCUUCCUGAGGAAGAGCAGCACUUCAGAGAGGAGGAGGAGGAGGAGGAGAGGCGGGAGCUGAGCAUGGAUUAUCACCCCGCUGCACAGUUUUACCCCGAGUGGGAAGAUCAGGACGACAAGUACUAUGUGUGCAGCGAGAAGCUUCAGCUGGUGUUAGCCACGUUGGCCGCAGGAUGCUGCUUCCCCCUGCUGGUGUGGGGUGGAUACGCGCUCCUCCCCUUUGACCCACCCAAGAUCCACAGCGCCCCCUACAGAGUGCUCUACGCACUUCGCUGCUCAUUUUUUGCCAUCAUCCCCAUCAUCCUGGGCGUGUUGGUCCAGGGUAUUGCCCGGUUGCGCUUCAGCUCCCUGAAGCCGCUCUAUCAGGGGAAUCUGGUGGACCAGGAAGUGAUGGUUCACUGGCACUACGUCAACGAAUCGCUGUCUCUCUUCCUCUUCUACUUCCUGCAGCUUGCCGUCAUGGCAACCUACAUCAGCCAGGACCUUCUUAAGCUGGUGCCGCUGCUCACCAUCAUAUUUGUUUUUGGCAGGCUGAUCUACUGGGUCUGCCUCGCUCUGGGCAGCAGCAUCAGAGCCUUCGGCUUCGGCUUCUCCUUCCUCCCCGUCCUGGUGAUGCUGGUGGCCAACAUCUACUACGUCUGCUCGGCGGUCGGACCGAGCUCCGUGUUCGACGUGGCGCCGCCCGCCACCGAUCCUCCGCCCAGGCUGCGCUGGUGGCUUUAAGGUCUCUAAAACACGGUGAGAAAAGCUGCUACGACACCUUCAGGAACCUCAGGAAACAUGACUCACUCAGGCAAAUCGCGCAGACACCUUUUAUAUGUUUAAUCAUUGAGUUUGAAUCUGAUUUAGAGACUUUUAUGUCUCUGCGGUGAACAUGUGGCGAGUUAAGCUGCUUGUUUACAACGGAAAACCAACCAAACAAGCUUAGUUUGGAAAUCUGUAAUGACUCUAAAUAAAACUACUGAAUUUACUGGGUUAGACGCCAAAUAAAUCUUCUGUUCUCUCACUGAAUAUCUACAAAUACGUCUGAUUUAGUUAAAAUCCUAAGGAUUAUAGUGUUCACUAUUCAUCCCUGUAUUAACUCUGCCUGUAGUUAUACAGUUAUGAUAACUAUAAUAAAACUUACGUGUUUUCUCAGCAUUUUCUAAAGUGUUUACCUAUUAUGUGCCAAUUAUCUGCUAUUAAAAACAUUAAGUUUGUUUCGUUUGGCUCAGAUAAGCUUCUAAGACUGUCAGUCUGUUUGAAUGAAACCUUAGUAACAAUGUGCAAUUAAAGCCAAUUUAUAACAUGUGCCUCUUUUUUAUUUUAUAUUCUCAUAAGUGAACAAAUGCAAGUAAAAAAUGUUCUUAAUCUAUAAAUCCAAACCU